AUGUCUCGCACUCAACAGGCGCCUAUGAAUGCCGGUUCUGCUUCUGGCGUCCAGGUGGCAUCCCCACUUUCGCAAGAUAAUUCGACUAUUCGCGUUUCAGGUACACUGAGACUCAGGGGGGAUAAUGGAACAAGGAAUAAUGGUGAAGAUCUAACGACAACGCGGCACAUAAGGUGGAGUGAAGAUGUUGUAGACAACGAAGGGAUGGGCAAAAAGAGCUCUAAAGUCUGCUGCAUUUACCAUAAAGAUCGGCCUGUGGGAGAAAGCAGUUCUGAAUCAGAUGACACGGAUUCAAGUUCUGACGACUGCAGUGACUGUGAUUCAGAUACACGGAUUCCUACGCACAAAGGUGAUCAAGGUGGAGAAGCUUCUAGCAGGUGCUCACCAAGCCGACUUGCAGAAAGAAAAUGCGGCACCUCUUGCUCAAAGCGACAUAGUAAGCAGCGCUCGCGAAGACAUAUGAGCCCGAAUGCAUAUGAGAAAAUGCCAAAAUUCAAGGGACAACCAGGGAAACGAUGA